CGCACGCGCGGGGUCCUUCCUCGGCCCGUCCGCUCCGCGGUCAUGGCGGCCUCUGUGGCUCCCCGGGGUAGGGCUCUGUGGUGGGCAGGCGCUGCUUGGCUGCGUCAAGGAGGCAUCCGGGAGCUACUCCGGCCGCGAAUUGAAGGGAGUACCCCGGGCCGGGACUUCAGUCUCUCUCAUUAUCAGAGCACGGUCAUCGUGGAGCGCUGGUGGAAGGUGCCGCUCGCCGGGGAGGGCCGCAAGCCGCGCCUGCACCGGCGCCACCGCGUGUAUAAGUUUGUGGAGGACACGAAACACCGGCCCAAAGGCCACCUGGAGCUCAUCCUCACGCAGUCUGUGGACGAAAUUGGAGUCCGGGGUGAUCUGGUCUCAGUGAAGAAAUCUGUGGGUCGUAACAAGCUCCUUUCUCAGGGACUGGCUGUGUAUGCAUCUCCUGAAAAUAGGAAGCUGUUUGAAGAGGAGAAAUUGCUGAGACAAGAAGGAAAACUGGAGAAGAUCCAGACAAAGGCUGGAGAGGCGACAGUGAAAUUUCUGAGAAGCUGUCAUCUAGAGGUGGGAAUGAAGAACAAUGUCAAAUGGGAACUAAACCCUGAAAUAGUUGCCCGCCAUUUCUUCAAGAAUCUUGGUGUGGUGGUUGCCCCACACGCUCUGAGGCUGCCAGAGGAACCUAUCACUCGGUGGGGCGAGUACUGGUGUGAUGUGACUGUAAAUGGACUUGACACUGUGAGAGUUCCUAUGUCCGUAGUGCUCUUUCAGAAGCCCAAGACCAAAAGAUACAAGCACUGGUUAGCCCAGCAAGCUGCCAAGAGCGUGGCCCCUGCCAGCCCUCAGGCAGCCUGAAUGUCCUCUGCCUCAGGUGCACAAAGCAGUCAGAAGAGCUGAGGAGCAGCUGUCCCAGCUCUGAGCGACUAGCAGACUGAGCUGUGUGUCAUCUCCACCUUCAGUGGUCAUCGUAGCCAGCUGUGUCGCCGCACUCUGCAGGCAGUAAGUGUAAGAAGCUGCAUAUCAAACCAAAACAGUCUUCUUAGCCGUCCCAUCGUGUGCAGAGGCCCAGCCACUGUUGUGACAGUUGCUUUAUUCUCAGCCAGACUGUGUCUCCUGCAGACAAGAAGAGCUGCUUCACUGGACCUCAGUAGUCUGGGCAGGCUAUCCAAGUAAGGGUCUCGAGCCAUGGAGGUCUGGUCCAAAGGAGGAAAGUAUCGCUGUUCUGUGUCCUACAGUUGCCGUGAGAAGACUGUUCUGAAUAUAGCCAAUUACAUCUGCUCUUAGAACUCUUCUCUCUCUCUCUCUCUCUCUCU